AUGGCUGGGACUGUGGAGAUUGGGGAUUGGUUCGGGGGAAAGCGUGGGGAGUGGGCCGGACGGAGAUUAAAGGCGGGGGGUUGUAGGUUGAAAGGCUGGAUUGUAUAG